GAACACUGCAAUUUGUGGAUCGCAUUCCUAUAUUUAGUUAAGUAUAUUCUAACGCCAGUCUGAGAUUUAUACCAAUAAUUAUUAGAAUUUAUAAUUAAACUAAAUCAAAUCACCCUAUAAAUACUAGUAUUGUAUUUCAUGAUACAACUAAAUCUGAAAUUAAAAAUAAUUUGGAAUUUUGAGUCGUGCAUGUGUGUUCGAUUUCAAACAUAACUCGUUUACGAAAUUAUCUAUUUGAGGAAAGUAUAUUAUAGCACAAUAAUUAUUUCUUGAAGAAGUGACUAUUAUUUGAAUUAUGAUCAUUUUUUAAAUAUGGAUUUACCGCAGCCUCCACAAGGUCCAUACUGAACUUCGAAAUAUUAUUGAUAAAUUAGCGCAAUUUGUUGCUAGAAAUGGCCCGGAAUUCGAGUUAAUGACCAAAAAUAAACAAAAAGGAAAUCCUAAAUUUCAAUUCUUAUACGGUGGAGAAUAUUAUAAUUAUUAUCAGUACAAAGUUUCAACAGAACAAGCUAUUUUUAAACAACAACAGCAACAAGGAGUAACUAUUACUGAUCAAGAAAACUCUUGGAAUACUCCACCACCUCAAAUGCAGCAUUCAGCAGAAAUCGAACAGAUUUCUAAACAACAAGAUUCUCUAAGAGAACAAAUAAAACAAAGUGAACAAAAUUUAACUGCCCAACAUUCCGUGCUACUCCAACAACAGCAGACACAAGUUGAACAGACAGUUAAAAAAUGUGAGACUGCAGAUUUACAAAAAGAAGCUGACACAUGCGAUGUAUCCCUUACAGAAAUCCACAACAUCUUACAACCCAUAAUAGAUAGUUGUACUAAAGAUAGCAUAAGUAAUGGUAAAUCGUGGUUUCUGCAACAUGCUACUACAAAGGAAAAGGCGCAAUGUAUAGUAGAAUGUUUAUUACAUAAGGUUUUGCAGACAGGCGUUUUUUCUCAGAAAUUACAUGUAAUUUAUUUAGUUAAUGAUCUGUUACACCAUAGUGCUAGAAAGAAUGCGAUUGAUUUAAAAGAUGCCUUAGAAAGGGUAGUAGUUCCAAUGUUCUGUAACGCUAGUAUAUCUGCAAGGGAAGACCAAAGACAAAAACUAGACAAAUUAUUGAAAUUAUGGGAAUCUAAAACAAAUUAUUUGAAACCGGAGACGUUGGAACAAAUGCGAAGUCCAUUAAUCAGUUAUCAACAGUAUCAAGCUGACCAAGUAGCAAAAUAUACAACAGAAGUAGCGGCUUUAGCACAACAAACUAAGGAUACUUUCGAUGGGUAUCAAGCUCAGCAUCAAGCUUUUGUGUGUCACGCAAUGCAACAAAUAAUGGAUUUGCAACAACAGAAGCAAAAUUUGGAACAGACUAUGUCACAACCACAGAUUCAACCACCAGUUAAUGCAGCUGGUCCAAAUCCAAUGGUUCUAGAAAGUAUGCAACAGAAUAUACAGAGCCUUAAUCAAGUUUCAACAGCAAAUACUCAAGCCUUUCCAAUACAGACGAUAAGUUCGUCACAUCAUAAUGAUAACUACAUGGAAAUGAAUAUUUCAGUACCGCCUCCCAGUAUUGUACAAAAUUCUCUAAAUCACAGCUUCAAUUCCAACAAUGCCAACAUUCCGGUUUUUCCGUCAACACCAGAUUUAUGUCAACAACCACCCCCGCUCGGACCUUCCUCACAAAAUGGAAUAGAAAGUAUAACGUUUACCCAACCACCUCCUGGAUAUUUACCUCCGCCCGGAAUGUUUCCUGACUUUUCCAAACCGCCUCCGGGAUUUCCGGUGAUACCGGAACCGCAAUUAGAGGAACUGAUGCCAACUGCACCUUAUUAUGAUUUACCUGCAGGACUUAUGGUUCCACUUGUUAAGUUGGAAGAAACGUCAUAUAAACCAUUAGAUCCUAAAGAUAUUAGGUUGCCUCCACCAGCGCCACCUAGUGAUCGUCUUCUAGCGGCCGUAGAAGCCUUCUACUCUUUACCAAGCCACGAAAGGCCUAGAGACAGCGAAGGUUGGGAAAAACUAGGUUUGUAUGAAUACUACAAGGCAAAAAAUAUUGCCAAAAAAGAAAAAGACGAACUUAUACAAGCGGGACUGAGGCAAAAGUCGAGGAGCCCGAGUCCGGUAGUAUUGCCUUCCGAAAAAGAUCCGACGCCUCCGAAAAGGAGGUAUCAGAGUAAAUCACCGACGCCCCAACCACACUUACACCGCACCACCAGAAGAUCGAGGAGUAGAUCUAGAUCGAAAAGUAGAUCUAGAAGCCCGAGGAGAAGAUAUAGAGAUAGGAGUGAUAGAGAUAGAGAUUCGAGAAACGACAGAGACAGAGAUUCGAGAAGUGAUAGAGACUCGAGGAACGACAGAGAAUCGAGAAGAGAAAGGAGACGGAGGAGUAGGACAAGAUCGAGGUCGAAAUCGAGAUCUCCUAUUAGAAGAUCCAUUUCCCCAACUGUACCUAGUUUUGGUAACCUUAAUUUAUUACAUAAUACAAUACAAGAAUUGGAUUCGUCUAACAAAGGUCAUCAAAUGCUGAAGAAAAUGGGUUGGGGCGGGAGUGGUUUAGGUGCUAACGAACAAGGUAUAGACACUCCGAUUUCGGGUGGUGACGUUCGCGAUAGACAGGACCAAUUUAAGGGGGUGGGGUGCAACUUGAACGACCCUUACGAGAACUUUAGGAAAAACAAGGGAGCUGCUUUCAUCACUCGCAUGAAAGCCAGGGCCGAAGAGAGAGCCGCAGAAAAAAGUCACGGGUCUAAAUUGAGUCAGAAGUAUUCGGAAAAUGAAGAUUAGGAUAAACGUUCGAACAUUAUCGAAUAUACUUUCAGGUAUUUUGGUUCUCUAAUUGUGUAAACGGUAUUUUGUAAUUUUUUUUUUUUUAGAAAAAUAAUUAAAAACAAUUUAAUAAUUUAUUGAAAAUAUUAUUUCUAGCUAAUUUGUUUAUUAUUUGUAUCUAAAUAAACUGAUACUAUUUGCAAAUUCCAGCAACGUGGUUCAAAUCAAUUCUUAUAUAGGAUGUCCCGAUACAAAGUAUAGGGGAGCCCGAAAUAUGACGAAUUGGGGGCUCUAUAUUAAUUUAUAUCAAUAAGGGGGUUGAUUAGUGGUGACCUAAUCUUAAAAGUUUUUUAUUUGUUAGUUUUGAAACCAUAGACGAUUUGAUUUCAAAACCCUUUUUUAUUCUUGUAGAUUUUUUCACAUAAAAACUUUUUCUGCAACUUUUUAAAUUUAAAACUUUGAUUUUUCUUAAAAAUGACAAAGUUUCAUGAAAAAUUACAUAAUAGUAAGAGUAUUGGAAUGAAAUUUUUUAAAUUAAUUAACAAACAAGAAACUUUUGAGGUUAGGUCACCCGUAAUGAGUCUUCUACUUACCAUGCCCCUGGUAGUCUCAUACAGUGUACAGUGGAGGAAUUAUUUGUUUUUUUUUUCUACUUUGAGACCCUAUAAUUCAUCAGAAAAGCAACUUGAUGUCGAAGUAAAUUGCCCCUAAUUGUCAUAUUUUUGGCACUUCAGCUCGGUGCUUAUGCGGAACACCCUAUAUAAUAUGGAAACUCGAUUGUCUUUUUAAUUUUUUAAAUAUUGUUUUUUAUUUUAAACUGACUGCACGAUAUUGAAAAAAUUUUCAUUAUAACUUCCUUGUCUGUUAGACAUUCUUCAAUUAAUUUAAUGCCAAUUGUCCUGCUUCAAUUUUUCGUUUUAUUCUUUUCCUCUAUAGGGUGGUAAAAAAAUUUAAAGGAGUUGCACCUGUAUCACUGAUUGUUAUCAGAAAAUUAUUUUUUAUUUCGUGAAUACAAUUAAUCAGACUUUUUGUUUUUAGGAAGACAUAUUUGAUAAACGGGGCUUCUUUUUUAUUAAGCGUUUUAGCACUUGUUUCGCUUAUAAAGUGAACGUUAGUGUUCUAUAAUUACUUUUUUUUUUUUUCAUUUUGUAUGUAUGAUUAUUUCGAAAGCAGUGAUUUAAAAAUGAUGUAAAUAUCAAAUUGAUGAAAAAUAUAUAGAAAAAUUGUAGAAAUCGAAAA